CCAUGCUUCUCCAUUAUCAAUUACCAUUCACAAAAAACACAACACGCCCCUGAAACACAUUAUAUAUCCUCGAGUUUUCAUUUCAUAUCAUAUCAUAUCAUAUUAUAUUUCGAAGUUGUUAUAUAUAGUUACAAUGCAUCCAAGUGAGAUGAUAGGAAUAAACUACCUAACAUCCACUCCAGAAAUACAAUUUCCAUACCAAUUUUCUCCCAACUUAACCUUAUUACAACAAAACAUAAUUACCACUAAUAAUGAUCUUAUUAGUGGAUCGUCUUAUAACACUUUUCCAAUCACUCAAUCAUCCUCCCCUGUGUACAUGAGUAGCAACUCGACAUCAGAUGAAUCAGACGAAAUUCAACAGACGAAUAAGAUCAUCGAUGAGAGGAGGCAAAGGCGGAUGAUAUCGAACAGAGAAUCUGCUCGUAGGUCUCGAAUGAGGAAGCAAAGACACUUAGAUGAACUUUGGUCACAGGUGAUUCGACUUCGAAAUGAAAAUAGUAAUCUUAUUGAUAAGUUGAACCAUGUAACAGAAAGUCAUGAUAAAAUUUUACAAGAAAAUGUUAGGCUUAAAGAAGAAGCUACUGAUCUUCGACAAAUGAUUAGUAGCAUGCAAUUAGCUACUACUUUUAAUGGGUUAAGAGAUUUGGAAGAUGUUCCUUGUAAUACUGCUCAUCUUAGAGCUGAAUCUUCCAACCAAUCAUCUAUAAUUAGUUCUAAUGAUUUACUUUUGUAAGAUAAUUAUCUUUACUUUAUAUUAUAAGAGUUUUAGCUUUAUGGGUGUAACAUAACUUGGCCUUUUUCUUUUUUUGGAUUAACUUCUAGUCCUUGAAUUCCUGCAAUAAAUUAAACAAUUUUCCAGCUCGUACAUGUACGUUACUCCCUCUGUCCGUAAUUAUUAAUUCAUGUAUGGAUAAUGUAUCACGUUAUAUCAUUAUAAGUAAUCGAAAUUUGAAAUAGUAAGGUGGUAAUUAUUAGCUUUA